UAAUAAGAAAUUUACUAGAUGUAAAUGAGUGAGCACACAAAAUAAAUCACCAUCAAACUCCUCUAUUUAUAACAUCAGACCUGAAUCCGGUUUAUAUUUCAGCCAAUAUUUCAUUGACCUUAAUCGUGGUUUUUUUUUUGUUUGUUUGUUUGUUUUUUUGUCCAUGAUCUUCUGUUAUAAAUCUCUAUAGGUUAAAUUUAAAAAAGAAAACCACAAGAGCCAUUUUUUAUGGCUGUCACAAAAUUUUGUCAAUAGCGUAGGUCUCAGAGCUCAUCUGUGAUAUGACUUUUUAUUUGCUCUUUUUGUUUUUGUUUAAUUCCCCUGCAAAGUAAUUCUGUUUAAAUGCAAGAUGUAAGUUUCAUUGUUUAACUAUUAAUUUAAGGAAUCCUUGUGAGAGUCACAGUGGGUCUGGAGCCUAUCCUAGGAGCAAAGAGUGGGACGCCAGUGAAUCUCAGGGCACCACACACACAUAUUCACUUACACUUAGGGGCAAUUAAGGAUCUACCACCUGAUCCACCUACUGUCAUGUGUUUUGGAAAUGGGAGGGAACCCAUACAGGUGCCAGAUGGGCUGGUUUGAGUGUUUCAGAAACUGCUGAUCUCCUGGGAUUUUCAUACACUCAACAGUUUCUAAAGUUUUCACACAAAAAAAGAAAACGUCCAGUGAAAAUGCAGGCACAAAUGUGCUGAGAGCGGUCAGAAGAGAAUAGUUAAACUGGUUUGAGCUGAUAGGAAGGCUUCUGUAACUCACAUCAGCACUCUUUGCAACCGUGGUUAGCAGAAAAGCAUCUCAAAACAUCAAACCUUGUGGCUGAUGUCCUACAAAAGCCUAGAUCAGGUCCUACUCCUGGCAUCCAAAAACAGGAAUCUGAGGCUACAAUGGGCGGAGGUUUACCAAAACGAAUAGCUGAACACUGUAAAUAGACCAGCAAACCGGUGGUGAUACUGGCAAGGAAAAACUCCCUAAGAUGUUUAGAGGAAGAAACCUUGAGAGGAACCAGACUCAGAAGGGAACCCGUCCUCAUCUGGGUAACAACACAUAGUGUGAAAAAGUUCAUUAUGGUUUUACAUGAAGUCUGUUUGGCUUUAGAAGCAGCCGUAGUCCCAGCAAUCUGGAAUUGGAGUAGAUGAGAGCUCCAUCCAGAGGAAGGACAUCCAAAACGGAUCAGGCAGGUCCGACACAUGUCUUUAGACUGGGGAGGAAACGGCAGUACCCGGAGGAAACCCCCCAAGCACGGGGAUCACAUGCAAGCUCCGUGCACACAGGGCGGACGCAGGAUUCAAGCCCCUGACCCUGGAGGUCUGAGACAAACGUGCUAACCACUAAGCCACCGUACCUUCCGUAGUAUUAUUAUAAAUCCGUAAUAUUACAAAUAUUAUAUACAUUAAUAGUUAAAAAAAACAGCAUUGACAUUUAUCAUAUCCAGAACAUUACUAAAGUUUUAGUAUAAGAUUUAGGAUGUGUCUAAGUGCCAAAGGCAUGUCCUGAGUAUUUAAGCAUGAGGUGAAAAAAUGGUGGAGGACAGCAGCUAAUUAUAUAGAUGAUAGAUAGUUUAUGUACUGUAGAUGAACAAAUAUAUAGAUUAACUUGUAUAUUUACAGAAUAUCGGAUUUGUUUAUUGGUGCAGAAUGAACUGCUUUAUUUACAGCUCUGAUGAAGUCUGUGCGAAUUUAAACAGUUGGGGUCACAGCUGGGUGCAAAAGCUUAUUUCCACAAGCCACUGUUGCGUAAUGCUCGUGUUGGUGGCGUCCCGGGCGGUCACGUGGUCUGCUCUGCGCACACGGUAGCGGCAGGUGGGGGACAAGGCUGCGAGCCGCUCGCGCUUUUACACUACACUACACUACACUACCCGUCAUCCCGCGCGCCGCUCCGUAUUUUCUCCUCAUGUAUAUUCAUACGGCAUUUCUGCAGUGAGGCGGCUCGGUAACAGCCUACUGACGUCUCUCAGGAGGAGGUGGUUCCGGUGAAGGAAGCUGAAAUUCGCCUCGACUCUACAGCGCGCCGUCCAGCUACAGCGCGCGAUGCGGAGGCUGCGCCAGCGUCGCUAAUGGCAACCAGCGCGAGAGAGCGCGUCGGCCAGACGAACGGAGCGCGCGGGGGGACGCGUGUGAGCCGCCUUUGUCUUUAACCAAACGAAAAGGGGGACACAGUGAAAAUAAACAAACGAGAAACAAACAGAAGCGACCAGGGUUUGGCUUCACGUCGCUCCUGAGGAUUUGGUGAUGAUGGCCGCGAGACUGGGGCUUUGGCUUGUGUGUGUGUGCGGAGCGCUGUGUGUUAGCGCGCGACAUUCCACCAAUGGAGGCGUCUUGGGGAAAACGAGGGCCUUGCGUGAUGAGAGCAGGUUCCUCGGGAAAGAAAGCACGGUACCGGUCCGGUUGGUUUAUCGCACGGAUAACGGACAGACCGCGCAUGACGUCCUGAGCACACGGGUGCGCGCGAACCCCGGCGCCGACCAGAAGAAUCAUUUGGCCCAAGCCAGUUUCCAGGUGAAAGCUUUCGACCAGACUUUCAUCCUAGACAUGGAAUUGAAUCAUGACCUGCUGUCGUCAAAGUAUGUGGAGAGGCAUAUAUCAGAGGACGGGAAAUCAUUCAUCAUUAAAGGUGGGGAGCACUGUUACUACCACGGAACGGUACGAGAUAUUCCCAAGUCCUUUGUGGCGCUGUCCACUUGCCAUGGAAUGCACGGGAUGUUUUUUGAUGGAAAUCACACGUACCUGAUAGAACCGGAUGAAGAGAGCAAGGAGAAUGAGCACGUCCAAGUGCACAUGAUCUAUAAAUCUCCAGGCCUCCAGCCUCCAGGGGAUUACGUCCCACCUCUUGAUCUUGCAGAGUCGCCGUUCCAGAGUCCUCCACUCUUCACCGGAGCAGCACACAGGAGAAAAAAGAGAGAAGUGUUGCAAAGUUCCCACAGUGUCGAGGAUGAGACUAAAUAUAUCGAGCUGAUGGUUAUCAAUGACCACCUGAUGUACAAGAAGCAUCGGCUGUCAGUUGGCCAGACGAACAACUACGCCAAGUCUGUAGUGAACAUGGCAGAUUUUAUUUUCAAGGAGCAGCUGAACACCCGUAUUGUUCUGGUUGCCAUGGAGACCUGGGCGGCGGACAACAGGUUCAACAUAAAUGAUGACCCGAUGAUCACGCUGCGGGAGUUCAUGAAGUACAGACGCGACUUCAUUAAGGAGAAGAGCGACUCUGUCCAUCUGUUCUCGGGCAACCGUUUCCAUAGCAGCUGGGGUGGAGCCUCGUAUAUGGGAGGGGUGUGUUCACUGACUAAAGGGGGAGGGGUUAAUGAGUAUGGAAAAACAGAAGAAAUGGCCAUCACGCUGGCACAGUCGCUGGGACAGAACAUUGGCAUUUUCUCCGAUAAGAAAAGAAUACUAAAUGGGGAAUGCAAGUGCGAUGAUAAAUGGUCCGGCUGUAUAAUGGAUGAUGUUGGCUUUUAUCUGCCCAAGAGAUUCUCUGACUGUAACGUAGAGGAGUACCACAAUUUCCUGUACAGUGGCGGCGGAUCGUGUCUCUUCAACAAACCCUCCAAGCUUUUGGACCCUCCAGAGUGUGGGAACGGUUUUGUGGAGCUGGGAGAGGAGUGCGACUGUGGAACUCCAGCGGAGUGUACUAUAGAAGGAGAGAAUUGCUGUAAGAAGUGCACUCUGACUCAGGGCUCUAAAUGCAGUAAUGGGCUCUGUUGCAAUAACUGUCAGAUGGAGUUUAUGGGUGUGAUCUGCAGAGACGCUGUCAACGACUGUGAUAUACCAGAAAACUGCACUGGGAACUCCAGCCAGUGUCCUACAAACGUACACAAAAUGGACGGCUACACUUGCGAAAAAGAUCAGGGGCGGUGCUUUAAUGGACGAUGCAAAACUAAAGACAGGCAGUGCAAGUACAUCUGGGGAGAGAAGGCGACGUCUGCAGAUAAGUUCUGUUAUGAGAAGCUAAACAUCGAGGGGACUGAGAAAGGGAACUGUGGGAGGGACAAGGACACCUGGGUCCAGUGUAAAAAGCAGGAUGUGCAGUGUGGAUACCUGCUGUGCUCAAACAUCUCACCUGCACCUAGACUGGGAGAGCUGCAGGGAGGCCUGACCUCAUUUUCUGUGGCCCAACAUAGUGCUUCACUAGACUGCAGUGGAGGACAUGUGAUGAUUGACGGAGACACUGAUCUGGGGUAUGUGGAGGACGGCACGGCGUGCGGCACUGACCGUAUCUGCUUCAACCACAAAUGCCUUCCAGUUCAGGAUUUCAACUUCAGCACCUGCCCCGGGACCACCGACAAGGUCAUCUGCUCCGGACACGGGGUGUGCAGCAAUGAACUGAAGUGUGUGUGUCACCUGGGCUGGGCAGGCGAAGACUGUAACUCCUCUUCACCACUCAGCUACCUGGUGGUGGGACCUACAGCGACAUCAUCAGGCAUCAUCAGUACCAACAUCAUCAUCGGUGCCAUUGCAGGAUCUAUUCUCGUUCUGGCUCUUAUACUAGCCAUAUCUGCCUGGGGCUACAAGAACUACAGACAGCGGCAAUUUGAAGAAUCUGAAGUGCAUCGAAGAUUCUGUCGACAAAUGCCACCGGGUGAUUACGUAAAGAAGCCGGGCGACGCCGACUCGUUCUACAGCGACGUGCCGCAGGGCGUGAGCUCCAACUCAGGCAGCAGCUCCAAGAAGAGGUCUGCUUACCUGUCUCACCUGCAGAUCUACACCUCCAUCCCUUCCAUCAGCCAAAACAUCUCACUGUUCGGCUUCAGGUCCAACGGCUUGUCCCAUUCCUGGAGCGAGAGAAUCCCAGACGCCAAGCACAUUUCUGAUAUCUGUGAAAACGGACGGCCCAGGAGCAACUCGUGGCAAGGGAAUAUUAGCGGCAACCGGAAGAAGCCGAAAGGAAAGAAGUUCCGUCCUCGUUCCAACUCCACAGAGUAUUUAACCCCUUGCUCCAAAACAGACUAUUAUGUAACUGAAUGGGUGGAAGAUGUGAAUAAAAACACUGAGGGACCCUAUAUUAGGACGCUGUCUCCUGCCAAGUCCCCAACCUCGUCCACGGGCUCAAUCGCCUCGAGCCGAAGGUACCCGUACCCGAUGCCACCGCUACCGGACGAGGAGAGGAAGGCCAACAGACAGAGCGCCAGGCUGUGGGAGACAUCAAUAUAGAGAGGCUCCUUGCGAUCACUCUGCAAAAUCUCCGUCAGGACUACACAUUCCUCCGCUUUUAUACAAAUGAGAAAAAUAAACCCCACAAAACGAAUGAAUUCGAACAGAAGAAUUGAAGUCCUCUAGGAUUAGCGGGUCCACCGGAGCGCGCUGGGACGAAGAGCACGGCCGUCAUCCUCUCAUCAUUGCAGUCGACCAUAAUGAAACAGAGGGACCGGCUUGUUGUCAAAGGUCAAAACCAGGCACCGCUGCAGUCAGUUACCCAUCCAAACGAGGCAGGGGAUAUCAGACUGCUAAUCUCGCCUCCUUUAUCCUGCCCUGCCUCCCUUUUUUGGGCCAAACAAUGGCCUGUCCCUCCCUCCCUCCCUCCCCCUUGUCCAGCACCAAUAAUGUCUUGUGAUUGGUGUCCUUGUUGCCAUGUUGAGAGAAGGUCAUCCAAAAAACCUGCUGGAUGUUAACAUGUUUUUCCGAAAGCACGUAGAAACUUUCCACUGUAUGCAUGAGAAUACAUGUUUAUCAACUCCUUGUAGUGCUAAAGACGACGACGAAAAACGAAUAUUUUAACAAGCAGGCUAGGGGACAGCAUGUCUCAGAGGGAAUUUCUGUAGGCUGGUAAGAUUUCAUUCUUUAGGCUUCUCUAUUCACACAGUGUAUCAACGCUAACGCUAGCGAACACAUCCAGCCUUGCCAUACACGCUCUCUUGUUUCCUCACACGUGUAAAUAUGUAUAGCUUGACGACAGUGAAAUGUGUGAUUGUUUUUUUAUGCUUUGCUUUUUCUUAUCGCGCUUUUUUUUUUUGGUUACUCAGUAGGGUUUAGAAGAAACAUCCGCCUUUUCUUGUUUGUACGUUCACUUUGAAUCGUCUGUAUAUCAGCCUUUCUUGUUAUUCAUGAGUUUUGAUUCAUCUGUGUAUUACCUGAAUCCGUAAAUGAGCCUUUUUUUUUUUUUUUAAUCCAUUGAGUUUUGAAACAUAUCUGAUGCUCUCUGUAAGAAUGAGGACGGCUCAUAGUGCUGGAGAAGUCACCGUUGACUUUUUGAUGCUUCCUGCUGACGGAAACAGCUGUAUAUUUGUUCGUUUCUUUUCCGACGAUACAGAACGAUGUUAUAAUCGGCCUUUGUCCGACGUACAGCCGUGAUCGUUUUCCGUAAGCCGUUGAAGUUUUCAGUGUUUCAAUGUUGAGUGAAGUGUCAAGGGAUGCGACACUAAAAGUCAACCACGUUAGCUGGGUUUUUUUUUUUUUUGUCCUUUUUAAAUCCUUUAGAAAUAUUUGGAACAAUUUAAAGCAACAGUCUAUAAACUACAGAUCAUCUACCACCUCCUUGUAGAAUAAAUCGCAUAUAAUCUUAGUCUUACUGAUCGUUUUGGGAUGUUUAGGCAAGUCCAUGUGAUUUUAUUCCCAUUAAGUUUGUGAAAACAUCACCUACGACCAUGAAAGCAGAUCUGUAACUGAGGCCACAGCGUAGCUCGUUCGGAAACGAUGUUCGGCUAGAUUAGACGCACAAUAAGACGUAAAUGCCGAGCAAACGGACAUCAUGCGGUGGCUUCGCAUGGCAGCUGGCAGAACUUGGCAAACUUUGCCAACGAUGCAUGCCCAAGCUGAUUUGCUUCACAAUGGAUGACUCGGAGAAGUUUCAGUUAGGGAUGGGCGAUAUAGACUUAAAACCGUAUCACGAUAUUUCGUGGUAUUUUUGUGCGGUAACGAUAUGAAAAUAGUUCAAAACGUUCAACACUACCUUUAUGGCCACUCGGCAUACAGUCUUGAGAGCGAAGCAAACCAAACAUUGAUUCAAAACAAUAAAACUUUAAAAAAAUGAAGAAAAAAAAAAAAUCCUGACCAUGGUCAAACACUAAGCUAUACCGAUUAAAUAGGCUAAGAAAUAGAAUACGAGUUUUAUUCACAAAUUAAAAUUCCAGUGAAAAUGCAAACUCUCGCAGGAUUUAUAAUCUAACCCCAGGAAAAACAAAUGGAAACAAAUUUCUUCCGUAAAAGCGUAUAUAAUGUUUACAUAAUGCAAACUGAACAAGUCUUAAACUAUGCUUUAACAUUAAAACAGGAUAUAAACACAAUAAUGAUUCAAAUCAAGUGCAAGUUUGAAAUGGAAACAUCAAUUCUAUUUGAUUUUAUUUUUAACUACAUACUAGGGUUGGAACACCGCCUUGUUCACGUUCUACGUGAGAUGGCCACGUAACGGUGCAUAACCACGUCAUCGACUACAUCGUCAAUAUCGUAGGAUGACAAUUUCUUAUCAUUGUACCAGUAUAUCGUGGAUGAUACGAUAUGGCACAGCCCUAGUGUCAAUCAUCUUCUUAUAGUCAUGGAAAUCAUCAUUGUCAUUUGAAUAGCGCCACCUGCAGUACUGGAGUGCAGUAUGCGACAGCCAAUAAGAAACCAAGAAGCAACGGAUAUGCAAGCUUGUGUAGAUGGUUCUGUUUUUGCGCAACCCUAACAAACAUCGUUUCCACAUGAAUUACACGGAGGCCUUCAGGCUUCCUAAGGAAGAAGACUCAGUCAAUGUGCUCAGUAUUGUACAUCAUAAACUCUUACCCACCUCAUCUGUACAUAACCUUCAUGUUCAUUAAAUCCUGCGUUCUGUAUUCACAGGACAUGUUCACUGUUCAAUUCUCCUCCCAUCCUGACCAUCGAUUCACGCCGUAUCCACUCACAACCAUGUGUCCGACCCUUUCUUUUUCAUCCCUGUAUCCUCGUAUGUAAACAUUUAACCCAGACAGCAAUUUAAGUGCUUUACGAUCAUUACUAUUUCAGUAGGUCUUUGUGUACACUGAUACGGAUUAGCACAGAUUUUUAACGCUUUAUUUUGUGACCAAGCCUUUUUACGUCAUAACCGUCAUAAUUUCCUCUCUCUUAUACACAAACACACACACACACACACACUGUCUUUCUCAGCAUUAAAAAAAAAAGUGCAUGGCUCAAUGUGGUGUUGAUUGAUGAAGGCUGAAUCCAAAGGCACCUGAAAAAAAAACAAACAACACAUCUCAAGCAAUAGAUUCAGCCCUUUCAGCACUGUCCUCGUUUAACACAGCUGCCGUGUCAUCCGCUGCGAAUACGAAACACAUAACGAAUACGUACUGAAAGGAUUCUCAGAGCAAACACACUCUUGAAUGUAAUUUAAGCCUAUGAUUACAGCACAACUGCCGUCAACGACACGUCACCCUCCAGUGGCCAUGUAGGUCCACUAACUUUAUAUACACCAUGUCAGAGUGAGGCGCGUAAUCGGCCACGUUUCAGGGUUGUUUUCUUUGGAGAACGUAAAAAAAAGAAAAAAUCAUUUGUGAGAGGUCUGCACCUGCUUCAGGAGACGUCAUAAAUGCCUUAUGUUUGUCCGUUUCAUGAGGUCUUUUGUUUUUCGGACGCUAGUUCUCUACGAGGCUGUUUUCUUUCAUAGUAUGCUGUAUGUAAACUUAAUACAAACAAUCAGCGCCUAUGUUUUUUCUUACAGUUAUCAUUCAGUAUUGUAAUAUAUUUAAUACAAAAUAAACCUUUCAUUGACACGAUAUCCGUGUGA